AUGGUGGAUGCGGUUGUCUACAAGGGCCAGAUCGCGUCGGAAUCGAUCAUCGAGCAAGACCGGCUCGCGAGGCUUGUGAAAUCUUGCAAGAAUCUCGCAAGCGCCAGGCGAAUCCACGCCCAGAUCGCCGCGAGCAAGCAUGCCAGGGACAAUCGUUACCUCGCGAAUCUCCUCGUGGAGAUGUAUGCCAGGUGUGGGAGCCUGGACGAUGCCAGGAACACGUUCCUCGCGAUCCGGGAGCCCAAUGUCUUCUCCUACAACAUCGCCAUCGCGGCGCUCGUCCGGGGCGGCGAUCUGGCGGCGGCGCGAGAGAUCUUCGACGCGAUGCCAGAGAGGGCGACGGCGUCCUUCAACACGAUGCUCCAGGGGUACGCGCAGAGGGGGGAAAUCGCGAGCGCGGAGAGAUUGUUCGCGGAGAUCCCAUCGCCGGACAUUGUCUCGUGGAAUUCGAUGAUAAGCAUGUUUGCACAGGACAGGGAUCUUGAGCGCGCGCAGCGGCUCUUUGACGCGAUCCCGGAGAGAGAUGCGCUCUCUGCGACGUCGAUGAUGCUCGCGUACUCCAAUUGUGGACAAGUUGAUCUCGCCGAAGAUCUCUACUGCUCUACUCCAGUUUGGGACGUACUAAUGGGUAACACCUUAACAUCUUGUUAUGCCCAACAUGAGAAAUCUUUAGAUGCUCAAAGAAUCUUUGACACUAUGCCCGAAUGGGACAUAAUCUCUUGGAACAGCUUACUAUCAGCAAAUGCCCAAACUGGAAAUUUGCUGUGUGCUCUUCAAAAGUUUGACACUAUGCCAAAGCAUAACCUAGUAACAUGGAACACCCUAAUAACCGCUAGUGCGUAUUCUGGUAACGUGGAAUAUGCUGAAGAACUGUUUCAAAGAAUGCCCGAGCGUGACGAGGUAACUUGGAAUGCCAUGUUAUCUGCAUAUGCUCAUAACCGGCAUCUGGAAGAAGCAAAACGUUUCUUCGAAGAGAUGCCCUCAAAGAAUGUGGUUGCGUGGAACAUCCUCAUGCAUGCUUACUGCGAAGAGGGUAAGCUCGAUGAGGUAAAGGGAUUGUUUGAGAGAAUGCCGUCUCGAAAUGCCGCUACUUGGACGUGCUUAAUCGAAGCAAAUGCCGAUUAUGGGCACCUGGAAGAUGCUCAGUCUGUCUUUGACAAUAUGCCAGAAAGAAACGUUGUGACAUGGACGAGUCUGGUGGCAGGUUAUCUAUCAAAUGGACAUUUAGGUGGCGCGAAAAAUGUGUUUGAUAGCAUGCCUGAGAGGAAUGAGAUCUCUUGGACAACAAUCAUAGUAGCGCUUGCCAAGAAUGGGCAUUUCGAUCAGGCCAAGGAUCUGUACGACCGGAGCCCGGCCAGAGACCUCGUGGCCCAAAAUGCGAUGGUAGCAGCGUAUGCACGGUACGGAAGGCUCGAAGAUGCAAAGAAGUUUUUUGAUUCAAUGCCUGAGAAAGACGUGACAACGUGGAAUGCUCUGAUGUCUGGCUACAAGAAGGAAGGGCUUUUGAAAGAGGCCGAGGAAUUGUUUUCGAGAAUUCCAAAGGGCGAUGGAGUGUCAUGGAACUUGAUGUUGGCAGCUUACUCGCAGUGUAAGGGUCUAGACAAGCUAGAAGAGGCUUGCCAGGUAUUUGAUGCCAUGCCGGAGUUUCUCAAGGACGAGUUCUCGUGGACUUUGAUGAUCUCUGCGUUCUCCCAAGAAACAAAGAUUGAGCAGGCCAAGCAAACGUUUGAUUCCAUGCCAAACAAGAAUGUAGUGGCGUGGACGUCAAUCGUGGCUGCUUAUGCCGACAAUGGUCGAGUUUGCGGGGCCAAGAAACUCUUUGAUUCCAUGCCUAGAAAGGAUUUGUGCUCGUGGAAUGUGGUUGCUUCCAUGUAUGCUCGCUAUGGUUUUUGUAGAGAAGCCAUCGAGAUCUUUAAGAUCAUGUGUUUGGAAGGAUUUGAUCCGGAUGGAAAGACUUACGUGAUUGUUCUUGCUGCUUGUUCCCACAUUGGUCUAGUUCGCGAGGGUCUGCAAAAGUUUACGUGCAUGGAGAUGGAUCAUGGCAUUCUAGCGCAAAAGGAUCACUACAGAGCGCUUGCUGCGAGCUUUGGACGAGCAGGAGAGCUGAGGAACGCGGAAGACUUAACGGUGGCCAUGGAUGAUCCCGAUGGACAGGCCUGGAGAGCGUUUCUCGGAGCUUGCUCUGUUCACUUUGAUGUUCGGCACGGGGUUUCUGCUGCAAAACAUGCGCUUGUGGUAGGACCUGAAGCUGGCUCUGCUUACAUUCUUCUUUCAAACACUCUGGCCUUGGAAAACACAUUAAAAACAAGCUAUAGAAAAGUUGUAUACUAA